UCCAUUAAUGCCCGCAAUCUUCUAUUUCAUGAGACAAACCCAACCGUACAGUUUCCCACCAUAAUCAAACUUCCGUCAAUCCACCAAUCAUGUUCGACCAAAUGACUUUGAAUCCCAAGUGUCCCCCUUGUCAUAAUCUCUGAAACACACCCACAAUUCCCCAAUAGCAAUCACACAACACAAAAAUGGGGUUCUUCUUUGGACUGCUCGUCGGCAUUGCUAUCGGAAUUGGGUUGAUCAUGGCUUUUGCUCGGAGCGAGAGUAGGCGAUCCAAACGUCGCUCUGAAUUGGCCAAGAUUAUUGCAGCGCUUGCAAGGAUGACAGUGCAAGAUUCCAGAAAGCUUAUUGCACCUCAGUAUUAUCCAUCUUGGGUUAUUUUCACGCAGCAACAGAAGUUGAGUUCAUUUCACAUUUUUCUCACCUGGCUCAACCAACAUCUUGACAAGAUCUGGCCAUACGUUAAUGAAGCAGCAUCGGAGCUGAUAAGGAGCAAUGUGGAACCAAUACUCAAACAAUAUACCCCGGCUGUCUUGGAUUCACUCAAAUUCUCCACAUUAACCCUUGGCACUGUGGCUCCACAAUUUACAGGAAUUUCCCUUGUUGAAAGUGAAUGUGGAGCUGAGGGAGUCACUAUGGAGUUUGAGAUACAAUGGGAUGGUGAUCCAGAUAUUGUAAUUGAUAUCAAUACCCAUGUUGGUCUUGCACUACCUGUAGAGGUGAAAGAUAUUGGAUUCACUGGGGUUUUCAGGUUAAUCUUCAAACCACUAAUUGACCAGUUUCCUUGUUUUGGAGCUGUUGCAUAUUCCUUAAGAGAAAAGAAAAAGCUGGACUUUGUGUUUAAAGUCUCAGGUAGUGAAAUAUCAGCAAUUCCAGGAGUCUCCGAGGCUCUUGAGGAAACAAUACGAGAUGCUAUUGAAGAUUGUAUUACUUGGCCAGUUCGUAACAUUAUUCCCAUUAUACCUGGCGAUUACAGUGACUUGGAGUUGAAGCCCGUUGGAACAUUAGAAGUGAAGCUUGUAGAAGCCAAGGAGUUAACGAAUAAGGACAUAGUAGGAAAAUCAGAUCCUUUUGCUGUGAUAUUCAUACGUCCACUUCCUAACAGAACAAAAACCAGCAAAGUUAUUGACAACGAUUUAAACCCAAUAUGGAAUGAGCACUAUGAGUUCAUAGUUGAAGAUCAAUCAACUCAACGCUUGACAGUAAGAAUUUUCGAUGAUGAAGGACUUCAGGCUGCAGAAUUCAUUGGCUGUUGUCAAAUUCCACUGAGUUCGCUUGAGCCUGGUAAAGUGAAGGAUGUGUGGUUAAAACUUUUGAAGGAUUUGGAGAUCCAGAGAGAUACCAAGUACCGGGGUCAGGUGCACUUGGAGCUGUUAUACUGCCCUUAUGGUACAGAUGGGAACAUUGUAAACCCGUUCGACCAUGACUUCUCCUUGACCUCUUUGGAAAAGGCUUUGAAGAUUGAAAAUUUAACAAAAGCAGAGUUGAGAAAAAUAUCUACCAAGAAGAAGAAGGAAAUGUUUAUAAGAGGAGUACUAUCUGUAACAGUUAUAUCUGCAGAAGACCUACCAAAAGUAGAUUUUAUGGGGAAGGCUGACCCGUAUGUUGUCCUUGUUAUGAAGAAAUCUGAAGCAAAGCAAAAGACCAGGGUCAUAACGAACAACUUGAAUCCAGUUUGGAAUCAGACAUUUGACUUCAUGGUGGAGGAUGCAUUACAUGAAAUGUUAAUUGUCGAAGUUUGGGACCAUGACACUUUUGGGAAGGAUAGAAUAGGGAGAGUGAUCAUGACACUCACCAGGGUCUUAAUGGAAGGAGAAUAUCAGGAAUGCUAUCCCAUAGACAUUGCCAAAUCUGGAAGGAUUACUCUGAGUCUCAAAUGGGUUGCACAGCAUAAAGUCCGUGAUUCUUGAUCUGAUCAAAGACGACGUGGCCUACAUUGUUUUUGCAGUUUUGCUAGAGUUGAAGGUCCGAUUUCUUUGCAUGACAGGUUAAGGAAAUUCAUUCAUUCAUUCCUUGCACAUAAUAGAUUUUACUUAUCUCCCAAAGCUAAAACAAAUCUUACUCGAGUCAGAUGUAGUUCAGAUUAUUUUACACUUCAGAAAUCUUCACAUGUUUGAGCUCUAUUUUUUCUGUUGUACAUACGGAAGAGAUUAACGGAAUUUCAUAUCGGAUGAGAUUUUUUUCGAUAUGGAUAGAAAUGGGGACAGUUAUACCAUAUAUUUUGAUAGACCGCUCACAGUACGUGGUUCUACUUAUAUAUAGAAAAGAUCAUGAAAGAGGC